AUGGUGCCAGCUGUGACGCAUGGCCACGUGCACCUGGAGCUGAGGGGCAGUGAGAGGAGCCCAACCUCUGUGUCCCCUGGACACAAAGCGAGAGUCGGUCCUGAAAUCAAGUACGUCUCUAAACCUGCUAUGAUCUCUGCGCAAAUCAGCACUCGAUCCCCAAUAAAGGAUGUUGACCUGAAAGCAUGUCAGGAAGCUUUGGCUGACUGUUGUCCACACCAAGGAGAUGAUCAGCUGGAACUGCAAGAGGAGAAGGAGAAAGAAGACAUAAAUCAAAGCAACCACAACCAUGUAGAUUCCCUUCUCUCCUUAGAGGGCUGUUUACAGCUUCUGUCAUCGCAGGUGGAAAACACGCUAGAGGGCUUAAUUGAAAAUACCAGCUCUGUCUCACAGACUAGAGGUUGCCUAGUACAUGGUAACUCCCUAGGAGAAAUAAAGCAAGACUUUCUUCUGUUACCUGAGCUCCCAGUAAGCAUAGUAGGGAACGUGAGUUUACUGGAAGAUGUACAAGUUGCUCCUUCUUGUAGAGGCCGAGACCCACCAUCCUCACCCCACAAUAUAAACUUGACACAGAUGCUUCGCCACUGUUUCAGUCCUCAUGAUGACAUGCAACUAAGAACAGGCUACCCCACUCAAUCACAUUCAGAAACAAGACAUUUACAAACCUCUAAUAUCACAAAUCUGGGAUCACUACCUCAUGGGUCAGAUUUGACAGGGCUAUUUUCAGCAGCUGACAUUAGAAACCCAACAGCCCAUAAUGAUAAUUUUGAUGAAAUUAAACUCAUGUCUUUGGGGGAAGGUUUUGAGCCUAUAAACAUUUCUCAGCUCUUUCAAGAACCUGGCGCAGAUUUGGGACUGUCUUUGAAUUCAAGUCACAGCACCGCCUCUUACUCAUUCUGCAGUGAAGGUGCUGUUGGGUACAGCAGCGACAUUGAAUCUGUUUCUUCGCAUGGCUUAGGAGCUGUUGAUGGUCACUGCCAAGAACACACUAAAUAUGGCCAUGUGGAAUAUCCAGGUGAUUCAGAGUGUUCUAGAGAAGCCACACUUCAGCAGUUUCUUCAUAACCCCACAUAUAAUCAGCUGCCAAAUCAAGCAGCAUCCACCCUGGAGCAUCAUCAACAGAUGCGGAUGGAGAAACCAAGUGAAGUAAGAGAUAGUUGCCACAAUUCUACUGAUACAAACCUUAGUAGCGAUGAAUGCUGUGCGAAAGCUCUGAGAAUACCGUUUCCAAUUGAUGAAAUUGUGAGCAUGCCUGUCGAGUCCUUCAACACCAUGCUAGCAAAGAACCAUCUGGCACAUACGCAGGUAUCGCUCCUACGUGACAUCAGACGAAGAGGGAAAAACAAAGUUGCUGCCCAGAAUUGUCGUAAACGCAAACUAAAUGCAAUUCUUAACUUGGAAAAAGACGUGCGUAAUCUUCAAACACAAAAGGAGAGCCUUAAAAAAGAGCACUCUCAGUGUAGCAGAUCAAUCAGCCGGAUGAAGCAAAAGUUAAACAGUUUGUACCGUGACAUUUUCAGUAGAUUGAGGGAUGACCAGGGUAGACCUGUUAACCCACGCCAGUACGUCAUUCAUUGCAGUAGCGAUGGCAGCGUUUUCGUAAUACCCAAACACUUAGUCAAAUCAGAACAGAAACAAGAUAACAAAAAAGAGCAGAAGCAAAAAUAA